AUGCUGCGCACACUAAGACUUGCACGUCUGUCAUCAGCACCACGACCAGUCCGAAGCUUCUCAACCAACAGUGCAGCUAUGGCGCCACUACGCAUCGGAUUCGUGCCAGAACAUUUCUCCACGCCGCUCGAGUUCGCGAAGAAGCACUAUAACCUCGAUGCGAAGCUCCUCCCGUUCCCUUCUGGCACUGGCCACAUGGUUACCGCCCUACAAUCCAACGAGAUCGACAUAGGUGUUGGUCUUACCGAAGGCUGGAUAGCGGCACUGGGCAAAGCACAGGCAACUAAAGAAGACGCUGGCUUCAGCGUAGUGGGUACAUAUGUUGAGACACCGCUCUGCUGGGCCAUAUCAACAGGCGCCCGGAGAAAUGAGCUCAAUGGCAUACAGCAUCUCAAGGGCAAGAAGGUGGGCGUGUCAAGAAUUGGAAGCGGAAGCUACGUGAUGAGCUUCGUGCUGGCCGACCAACAAGGGUGGCUGGACACCACUUCAGACUGCCCCCCGUUCCCAGUCGAGCCGCUGAACACGUUCGCAAAUCUUCGCGAUGGAGUCAAUGACGGCACAGCAGACUUCUUUAUGUGGGAGCACUUUACGUCGAAGCGCUACUACGACAACGGCGAGAUCAAGCGCAUCGGCGAGAUCUACACACCGUGGUCCUCGUGGAAGAUCGUCGCUGCAAACCAUCUAUUGAACCCGAAGAACUGGAGCUCUGCGCCCAACGCGAGCAAGCCAGUGCUGACUGAGGAACUCGAGGACGUCAUGGAUAAAAUCAACAAAGGAGUUAAGCACUUUGAAGAGAACCAGGAAGAGGCUGUGCAGUACAUCAGCACCAAGCUUGAUUAUUCGGAAGAAGAUGCGAGGGAGUGGUUGAAGACCGUUCGCUUUGCCAAAGAUGUGAAGGGCGUGGACAAGGAGGUAGUCGACAAGACCGUUGGCAUACUGCAGAAGGCUGGUGUGUUGGGCGCGCAGGUCGAUCAAAAAGCUAUGAUCGGACUCGAGCGACAUCUGGCAUGA